GAGGCCUUGGUCCCCAACACCAGAGGGCAAAGCAGGGUUCUCACCCAUUUAACUAGAAGUGCUGUCUGUCUUUAAAACUGGAGCCCCACUACCCUGUGGCUCAGAUCUGGCUGGAGCCUGCAGACCCUGUCUCCUUUACCCGCUCCAUCAGGGUUGUCUGCCCGGGACUCCUGGAAUUCCAGCAUCCAAGUGUGAAUGAAGUUCAAGCUAGCCUGGGUGCUCUGAGGCCCUGCCCCCACACCCUCUGCCUCACAGCUCCACUGUGAGGUCAGCACCUUCCAAUGAGUUCCGUCUAGAGGUGUGUGGUGGGGCUGGGGGCUGGACAUGGCCCCCUGUCCCCAGCCUUACUCCUGCCCAGCUGGCAGCCCCCUUGGCUUGACAUGUUUGUCCCUUUUACUCGUCCCUGCUGCAGCUGGAACCUACUGUGAAUGCAGCCUCGGCCUCAGCCGCGAGGCCCUCAUUGCCCUCAUCGUGGUGCUGGCUGGUGUCAGCGCCAGCUGUUUCUGUGCUCUUGUCGUUGUGGCGAUCGGUAUCUUUCGGUCCAAGGGUGAUUCGUGCCCCGGACUCAUGGAAGACAGGUUGAUGGGACCCUUUGGGGUCCAGGAAGAUCACUUAGACCUGCACUCGGUGCACGUGGAGUCCCACCUCUUGGACCCUGACCUGGAGGUAUCCGUGCCGUCAUUGGAGAACACUGACCUCAUGACCAUCCCCAUGGAGGUUCCUCUAGAGGAGCCGCCUUCACCACCACCUCCACCUCCUCCACCGCCAGAGUAG